UGUUAGGACACGUGGUGCGGUUUCGUUGCGUGAGAAAGGAGCACGAACAAGGUAUCUUGUCGAUUAUCACGCCCGAAAGCGCGGCGUCGGCGACGAGAAGGUGCGGAAUCAUCCAUCUUGUGUGAUCGGGGUUGUAGGCCAGGUCUUUUGCGCGGGCGAGGAGCGACAUGGCGGCGUAUGUGGCUCGCGGUUUGGGUGUUGGCAAGCUCGGGGGUUAACGUUGGUAUUAUAGUUCGCGUCGCGUGUCACGUGGGAAGGAGGUUUGAGGUUUCAAGGAUGGUGGUUUCGCGCGACGUGUGUUUCAGGCAUCAGUUUUCUCGUGCGAGCUGUGGAUGGUGGUUUGAUGUGGGCUAUACGUUUUGUAUGGAGUCAGAGGCUGUUGCGCCUACGGCGUGGUGCUGCGCUAUUCAAGGCAAGCGCGAGGUUUUCGCGUCUAGGACUUCGUCCCUCUUUUGUGACAAUUCCCCAUGUUCGAUAUUUAAUUCGAAACCUGCAUCUCUGAUAAAUCCAGUCGUCUUUUUUUAUUCGCAGCUCAAGUACAUGUCUGACUCAAAUAUAGCACGAUGUCAUCGUCGCAGUCAUAGAGGCACAAAUAACGAGGAAAUUAAUGUUUGAAUUAGGUCUAGGCUCUAAGGAAUGUCUAUAUAGGAAACGCUGAGAUAAUCAUGAGUACUGAGAAAAGUCAUAGCCUAUUCUCAGUACUGGCUGGGUGCCGGGCACACAGGGGCGGCGGCGGCGGGAAGCGGAACGAGGGUGACAUAGGCAUCGGCGACACCCU